CAUUAAAAUAAAUCUUUAAUUGGGGUUAAAAAAAUCCAAAGGGAAACUAAGAUAUUCUGAAUGGGAAAAGUGGUGUCGGUGAUUCACAGAAGAGGAGGGCCCGAGGCGUGCUAAUGUGCGCCCGGGGUAGCGCUCGCGCUAGAGAGCAUAAGCCAUGGCCACUAGAGCACCGCAUCCCGCCUCCAAGAAACUCGUUUCUUCCAAUUCUUCACUCGCACCCCGCGCACUUAUCUCCCUCCUCUGCGCCGUCUCUCUCUACUUCUGCUUCUCUUUCUUCCGGAAGGAUGCGCCGCCGCCCUCGUUAUUCUACCCGGUGCUGCCUGCGAAGAGCAGUGGUAACUGCAACUACUCGGACGGCCGCUGGAUCUAUGAUCCAUCAGUCAGAUCUCCCCCGCGGUAUGACCACACGUGCAAGGAGAUAUUUAAAGGAUGGAAUUGCAUUGGAAGUAACAAAUCGAACGCCGUCGAGAUUCUCAGGUGGCGGUGGAAACCCCACGGCUGCGAUCUACCGCCGUUUGAUCCCCCACAAUUCCUCCAGCAAUUUCGAGACACCAGCAUUGGAUUUGUUGGGGACUCCUUGAAUAGGAACAUGUUUGUCUCUCUUUUUUGUGCUCUGAGAAAAGUUUCUGCUGAGGUGAAAAAGUGGCGUCCUGCAGGAGCUGAUCGCGGUUUUACUUUCCUUAAGUACAACCUAACUAUUGCAUACCAUCGAACGAAUCUUCUGGCUCGUUAUGGUAGGUGGUCAGGUGGUACCAGUGGUAUACUGGAGUCACUUGGUUAUAAGGAUGGCUAUAGAAUUGAUGUUGAUAUACCAGAUGGGACUUGGGCUGCGGCUCCACGUUUCCACGACAUACUCAUUUUCAAUACAGGACACUGGUGGUGGGCUCCUUCAAAGUUUGAUCCUGUAAAAUCACCUAUGCUGUUCUUUGAGAAGGGUGUACCUGUGACUCCUCUGCUUGCACCUGAUGCUGGGCUUGCUAUGGUGUUGCGACACAUGGUAUCUUUUGUGGAAAAGAAUGCAAGGAAAAAAGCUAUUUUAUUCUUUCGAACACAAUCACCAAGGCAUUUUGAAGGAGGUGAUUGGGACCAAGGUGGUUCUUGUCCUCGCGUACAGCCUCUAUCACCAAGAGAAGUCGAACAACUUUUCUCAAUUGAGAACAACGGAACAAAUGUAGAGACACGGCUUGUAAACGGGCAUCUAUACAGGGCCCUUAGAGGAUCAAAAUUCCAAAUAUUGGACAUAACCCGGAUGAGUGAGUUCAGAGCUGAUGCCCAUCCGUCCGCAGCUGGUGGGAAAAGACACGACGAUUGCAUGCAUUGGUGCUUACCUGGACUUACCGAUACUUGGAAUGACUUGUUCAUAGCACACUUAAGCAGCAUUAAAGGUAGGCACUGAUAAUCCGGAAUGUCAUUUAAUAUUAUCCUAUUUAUUAAACAUUGUUUCUUUAGUUGGUUUUGAUGAGAUUUGGUUCAAA